CAAGAGAGGUAGUAAGGAGAUAAGAAGAAGAAGAGCACAAUAAGUGCAUGUUAGGCGUUAUAAGAGGAAGCCAUCUAGGAAGAGAUGAGUUUUCAAGAGCUUCUUAGUUCCACCUUGACCAGAUGAAGCAUGCUGCUUACUUGGUUAAGCAAAAAUGUCUUCAGUAGCCUAUAAGUAAAUUUAGCAGAUAAUACAUAUUGUCUAUUAGUUUAGUGGAGCUUUGAAUGCAGGACUUUGUCUUUUAAUGUAGUAUUCUAUACUGUUAAUUGCUACUUUUUCUUAAGUGAAGAAUCUGCAUUCUUCUUCCACCAGUGACAAUAAUGUGCCUGAAACAGUUUGAGUCCGGGGGGAUGAGGGAUCAGCCACACAGUCCUCGAGGGAUGGUAGAUUAUGCACUCAAUUAAUGAAAUUAGAGUGCACGAGUUGAAAGAUUCAAAGAUUCUGCCUACACAGUACGUAUUAUCAGUGAAGGAAGUUCAACAGAAAAGACGACAUCCAGUCCGAUAGGUGGCAGUACUCAUGUAUUUACUGCUAGCGUUUAGAAACAGGAAGAUGGUAGCUUUAGCUUGAAGCAGCUUUGAAUAAUAGUAACAUAACUCUCCAACUUUCUGUGGUUAUUUGGAUGUUUUGAAGUGACGUGACGUAAGUUUUGAAAAUAUCAAACUUUCGUGUGUCUAAAAGGUAAUGCUGAUGCUAAGCUAAGCUAAAGCUCGAUAACUCAGUGAGCUCACACGUAACUGCCGUCUUUGCUAAGGGUACAAAGGCUCGUUGUCAGCUGUUGUCUUAUUCAAAUAGAUAAAUGGACGCAUUGUGAAUUGUAUUUGUUAAAUGUAAUGUGGGAAGUUAUGUUUCAGAAAUGACCAGAAAGAAAUCCUUUGCCCUGCUAAACUACAUAUCAAUAUGAGCAAGCUAGCUGCGUUAGCUUGCUAGUUUAAUAUAUAAUGUUAAAAUACUAGACAAUGUGAAGCAAAUAGUAAGAGAUAAACAACAUUAACUUUCAGCCUGAAAGCAUGGUGGCAUAGCAAGAACAUUACAGCUUUCCUUGUUUUAAAUAGGAGUAUAUUACUUACUUUCAUUGAAAGCCAGGACUGAAGCUACAGUCACUCCUUAUGGCUGCUUUUGGUUUUACUCCUGCCAGCGGCCAGGAUGUUUUCAGCAUUGAAAGAAUCGAACAAUCCAGCUCUACAACAAGCUGUGUACUUAGUGGGGAAGAGGCCAGGCAGUUCUACGAAAAUGUAAUGAAAGAUGAGAAAGGGCAAGAUGCAUCAAGAAGUGCAAUGAGCAAGAAAGAUUAUCGCAGAGAGCAUCAGAAUAAACAGAGGAAUGGAGAGUCCAGUAGAAGAGUGAGGAGGAGGGUCAGGGUUGCAGAGAUGCAUCAGGGUCAAACCGAUUCUGCGGUGCAAAGAGGGAUUAGAGGUGAAAGUGAAGGCAACCAAAGAGAAACAAACAACACAGAAAGGUCCACGGAGCUCCUGGGGCUCAGGUUGUUGCGCUGUGCCCAUGAGGGGGACAUCUCUAGCCUCAAAGAGCUGCUCUCCAAGGGGGUCGACAUCAAUUUCCAGGAUACUUACUUCUGGACGGCGGUGAUGUGUGCAAGUUGGUCAGGACAGAGAGCUGCGGUGAGGCUGCUGCUGCAACACGGAGCAGCCUGGGUUGGAGUGGUUGACACACAGGGCCGGGACGCCAAAGACCUGGCUCUGGAAGCUGGCCACAGUGAUGUAUUGGAUGAGUUGGAGAGCUAUGGGAGAAGGACAGAGAUGGAGACACAAUCUGAUAGCAGUGCCCCCGAGCCUCAGUGGUGCAGUGUGUGUUGUAACGAGUACAGUAGCAGCUUGUCAUCACAUCUCUCCUCCACUCUACAUCAGUUCAGUCUGCGGCGUCCUCCACCCACCCCCUACUACUGCCUCCCCCCCUCCAGCAACAGCUACAAGAUGAUGGUUCGUAGCGGCUGGAAACCAGGGACAGGGCUGGGACCGGAAGGAGAGGGGCCACAGCAGCCAGUGUCAACUGUGCUGAAGAGAGACCAGACAGGCCUGGGGUAUGGACAGAUGAAAAGAGCCAAAGUUACUCACUUCCAAGCCAGGGAUCGUAACGCAGUGAAACUGCCAUCCAAGGAGAAAGAAGAGCGGGGAGGAAAAGGGCAGAGGAAGGAAGAAAGUAGGAGAAAGGAGCAAAAAGAUAGGAGCUGGGAAAGAGAUUUUCGUACCUCUUUUUAUCUUUGACACCUGCUCACAGUGACUUCUUCUACACACACUCUCUCCCAAACUCAAUAUGAUUGCCUGGACUCUACAUCAAAGCUGAUACGGUCCAUUUAUGGAAUCAGUUGUGCUGCUGCCAAAAGGUUGUGCAAUGACCAAAUUUGGCAUUGACUGACUUAACCUUUAUCGUGACUAAAGACACACGUGUGACUAAAUAUUUUAUUUUUACUGUGACCCACUAAGACUGUUGAGCAUACCUGAUCUAACAACAAUUAGUGUGAACAUUGGUUUAUGGUGCCAACAUUUUUAAUCUCAAAGAGCGAUGAUAAAAUGUUUUGUAUGUUAAUAAAAUAUAAAACAUUAUUGAGACAUUUA